AUGCCUGAGACAGAUAGGCAGAAUCUUCGUAGAUCCCUAGCUCCAGAGGUGGGAUCUUUGGUCGCAUUGGCGUGUGCCCUCAAGAUCAAAGAUGGUCUGGACGAUGCCUUGGAAUUCUUCCAUGAAUAUUUCUGGCUGACGAGGAGUUUCGCUCCACCUCCCACGAAUCCAUCAGAGAUCGACAUCAGAGGACUUCCAAAGGACACGUACCUAUCCAUGAAAACAGCCCUCGUUGAAUCGUUGGGGAUUGCAAAAUUUGCUCUCAUCGUCGGGGGUUGUGCUGCGUUUCUUGGCGCGUGGGGACUCCUUACCGUGUGCGUGGAAUCCAAACGCCUCUUCCACUUCUACACCAUCGGAGCUUCAGUCCUCAUCCUCUUACAAAUGACAACAUCUGGCUGUGUUUUGUACGACUCCAUCGGUCUACAGAGGCAGUCCAACGAGGUGCUGGAAGAGUUGGAGUCUACGAAUCAAUGCGACGGUGCCAUGUAUCGGAGCUGCGCCCCACAUCGGAACUUUUGCAAAGCUGUCAUCUCAAAAAUAGUCGAUUUACAGGCGAUUCUUGGAGGAUUCCUCCUUGCUUGGGUCUUUCUUGAAGUGAGUUCGGUCCGAAAGGACGUUCCGUUCUGAUGUUCCCCUAGUAUUAUUAUUAUGGAAUUUCGAGGUCGUGACCAACUUUCUAUCAUUUCAGUACGCACUGUUGAUUAUGGCCGUGAGACGCGAAAGAAAUCUCGGAAUCUUGUGGAAAGACGAGAUGAAGGGACGGCGUUUCUAUCCUUAUAAAGAUCACCCAAACGUGAAUCUAGCAGGAAACGGGCAACGACACGCAAAUCUCUCUGACGAUGAAAAGUCAGAAGACAGUAGUGACUGGUACCUCCCUCAUCCUGCGUCUGCACGCAGGAACAGGACCGUUCAGCCGAUCCAAGAAAUCUUAGCCGGUGAAACUUGCGAAAUUGCGGAUGAAGCCGAAGGGAAAGUUCAGGUUUCCGUCGAAGAAGAAAAAGCCCUUCUCGGAAGAGAAGAGAGGUCUGCAAGAGGGUCUUCAGAUCUUUCUGACUGCCUUUCAAUUUUUCACACUCCUCUGGCCUCCAGCUGUGAUUCCAUUUCAAAUUCUUCCUUCAAAACGCCUUUCGAUGUCAUUAUAUAGUUAUCUCCCUGUGAUGCGAUGGAACCCUUGGAAAUGAACGUUUAAUGCAUAAACGUUUUGUUGAACGCAUGUUGUUGUUUUAUGCUCUGCUUCUGAUGAAGUCUAUUGAGCAAUGAAAUUUUCCGACCUGUCUGUUUAGAGGCC